AUGGGACUGUGCCGCACGAGCAUUCUUGUUACAUCUAGUUGGAUGCAAGAGUUGGAUAGAUGUGGCAGAUACGCCUGGGGCGUUGCUGCGCUUGCUUACCUGUAUGAGCAGCUCGGAGAUGUCAGCCUUGCUACGACAAGACAAAUGGCUGGAUAUAUGACUCUUUUACAGAGUUGGAUUUAUGAGCAUUUCCCUGAUAUGGGAAGGAGGCGUGUGCUGUCAUCUUAUAUUGAAGACAAACCUCGUGCAACACGAUGGGAGAUCUGGAGACAUGGGUGUAGCCUAGUAGAGGCGAGAGCACAUUUGGAUAGACUAACAUAUGAUGGGGUGAUCUGGUCCCCAUAUGAGUCUCAUCGAGGUAAUCGUCCGUUUUUGGUCAUUGCUUUAUUUUCUGGGUGGAUUAGACUUGGUGACAUGGUUCAACGACAUCUGCCUGAACGCGUAUUGAGGCAGUUUGAGUUUGAGCAGCCCAUCCCACGGACACCAGAUGUUAUUACAAAGGUUGACAUUGAGACCAUUUAUGGUAUUUGGGUGCACUUUAGACCGCAAGUUAUAUCCCAUGUCAGACCGACGUCAUCUCCAUAUGAUUGUGUUGAGGGAUACCUGCAGUGGUUUAGACGAGUAUCCCAUCCGUACAUGAUUCCUGGUGCUGACUUGGAUCGAAUGACUCUUGCACCCCGACUUCGACGACAUAUUCCAGAUGACGUGUCAGUUCGUCGUAAAUCACCUUCUGAAUUUGGGGUGUUAGGUAAUUUGAGACGCAUAGUCACAAUCUUACAAACAAUGAUUUCUUAUUGUGACGUAAGUGAGGGUACUAUAGCAUAUGAUCGUACUAACGAGGCAUUACAACUCGCUCAUGCCUUAGUUAAAGAACAAAAGGGCAACAACAAAGGAGGUAGACAUGUACGGAGUAGACAAUCAUCUUGAUGUGGAUAACAAUUUUUAUUUCUAUGCUUUUGGUUGAUUAUGACUUAUUUAAUAUUUUGAUUUGUGACACUUGAUUUAGCUAAUUAAACAAUUUGGUCCAUUUUUCCAUGCUUACCAUAAUAAUGGAAAGGAUGUGAGUUUUUA